UUGCAAUCAAAUAUCUUACCGUGCAAAACCCCGAUCGGGAUAACCUAUAUGUCUAUAUAAAGAUGAAGGAGUUUUCUUUCAAUAUUUCAAAAUUCAUAAUAAUCGUAUGCACAGUUUUUUUUAUAAUGAUUUUUAAAAAAUUUGCAUUUGAUCAAUAAAUAAAUUGAGUCAUACAGCAACUAAUUAGGGUUUAACAGCCAACACCAUCUAGUGUUUGUUUUCGUUUUAUGUGUGAUAAAUUUCAGGGUUUGAAAAUGCUGGACUAUUUUCAAGCAAUUAUUUUUGUUUACGAAAAUGAAAUAAGCAAAAUGCAAAUGCAACAUUCAGUUUGCGUUUAUGUUUCAUACUAAGUGUGUGCGAAGGUUGAAGCAAUGAAUCGGGAUAUAUUAACUGGCGUAUUGAUUGGGCUGCUGGUUGACGGUAAAAAUCAACCCCAGCGUCAACAGCAGCAACGAAACCGCCGACCAGCAGGAAACUACCAGCGGCACCAGGAAAGUGUCCGACGACGGGAAGAAAACCGCCGACGACGCGAAGAAAACCUCCGGCGGCAGGAUGAAAACCGCCGCCGGCAGGAAGAAAACCGCCGGCGGCAGGAGGAAAAUAGCCGUCGGCAGGAAGAAAAUCGCCGUCGGCUGGAGGAAAACCGUCGUCGGGAGAAAGAAAACAAAGAAAAAAAUAAUUCCGAAAAGAAAAAGAACAAUCAUUAUUUCCAAAUGCGACGCAUCCAAAAACAAAACCUAGAGCUGGAAAAAAAAAACCAAUAA